AUGGUCGCUCACCUCCCCGCCCACCACGGGGCCGACAAGUACGCAAAUGGAAACCGAAGGCCGCAGAGCCGCGGCGCACAAUACGCGGGCACGCCCCGCCCAGAAAAACAGGAUCAGUCGAGAGGCACCCCAGGGCCUGCCGCGCACCACGCCCGCACCCCUCGCCCGGCUACGGCAGGCGCUGAACGAGAGAAACCCCCGAGCAAGGAUGGACAUGCGCAGAGGGCGGCGCAGGACGUUGCGGGGCUGCAGGAUUAUCAACUAGGAGAUUGCCUGGGCAAAGGUGCAUUCGGCUCGGUAUAUCGCGCUCUCAAUUGGGGUACGGGAGAAACGGUGGCCGUCAAGCAAGUGAAGCUCGUGGACCUGCCUAAGAACGAGCUGCGCGUUAUCAUGCUUGAGAUCGACCUUCUCAAGAACCUCAACCACCCUAACAUUGUCAAAUACCACGGCUUCGUCAAGGAUGCGCAGUCGUUAUACAUCAUACUGGAGUACUGCGAGAAUGGCUCCCUGCACUCGAUCUGUAAAAACUUUGGCAAGUUCCCGGAGAACCUGGUUGCCAUAUACAUGUCUCAGGUCCUACAUGGUCUACUAUACCUCCACGAGCAGGGUGUUAUCCAUAGGGAUAUCAAGGGCGCCAACAUCCUCACAACUAAAGAAGGCUUGGUCAAGCUGGCAGAUUUUGGUGUUGCCACUAAGACCGCAGGAUUGCAUGAUUCGGCAGUUGUAGGAACGCCGUACUGGAUGGCACCCGAAGUUAUUGAGCUGUCUGGAGCUACUACCGCCUCGGAUAUCUGGAGUUUAGGCUGUACCGUUAUCGAGUUGCUAGAGGGCAAGCCGCCGUACCAUAAGCUUCAACCUAUGCCUGCGCUUUUCCGGAUUGUCAACGAUGACCAUCCCCCACUUCCUGAAGCUGCAUCACCGGUUGUACGCGAUUUCUUGAUGCAAUGCUUCCAGAAAGACCCUAACCUUAGAGUAUCCGCGAGGAAACUUCUCAAGCAUCCGUGGAUCAUGAAUGCGAGGAGAGCAGACUCCGUCGUGCCCACGAAGCCUACAAAGUACGACGAAGCUGUCAAGAGUGUACAGGAAUGGAACGAAGCACUUAAGUCGCCAACGGCCGAAUCCCUUCGCCUACGAAAAGCCUCCCGGGCGACGUCGAAUAGUCCGAUACCAUCAAGGAAGGAGCCCCCACCGCCUAUCCAUGCGCCAGGGCCUCCGCCAAGUAGUCUUAGGGUCGAUAAAACACGCCAAGUAACCGAGAUCUAUGCAUCUUCCGAAAGCGAGGACGACGAUAAUUGGGACGACGAUUUUGCUUCUUCUAUUAGCGAGAGCGCGCUGAAAUUACCUCACCUCAGGCCUCACGAUAAUUUUGCCGGGAUGCUUUCGGCAGAGAAGCUGAAGUUAUACGCAACAUCUUUCGAUACUGUCAGUGAGGCGCCAAGUAGCAAUGAGGAUCUUUGGGCGACCGAUGUGAGGGUCAAGUCACCUAUUGAGAUGGACGAGUCGGAAGAGAUCAAGACAAUCAGGCCACAGUCGGGACAUAACACGGCGAACAGCAGGCCGAGCUUGCCAAACAUGUCAUCUCAAAGGCAGCCAUCACAACCAAAGACGCAAUUCUUCCGUGGCCUGUCAAAAUCUGCGUUGUCUACCAGCGCGCCUACCUCUCAUCCAAGGCUUACUCCGCUCCCAAGACCUACCUCUGCCUACAAAGAAAAUGGCGUAGAAGAUUAUUCAGACCUAGGCAUUCCUGACGAUAAUGCUUUUCAGAAGAAGCUCCAGUCGCUCAAGCACGGUUCAAAAGGUAAGGGUGGCAGCUUACGUGGCGGUCGGCCUCUCUCUGGCGAGAUUCAUCAUCCUGCGGAGAAAGAUGCAAUGACCCAGAGAUCGAAGAGCCAGGCUACCAUCAGCAAGUACGCAGAAAACGAGGAGGAGGACUUUUCGGACGUUUUUGGUACGGUAAAUGAUGCGCCGAGGAUGCUGAUGAGAAAGACUGAGAGCGAAUGCGGUUCCGAAAGGGGGACAUUGAGGAUGGCCGGACAGAAGCUCAGUGGAUCAUGGCUCGGUGAUGAAGAGGAUGAAGACGAUCCGUUCGCGCAACUGGAGGAAGGAUUUGAUGAACUGGACCAAGAGAGCAAUGUUGCUCGUGACAGGCAUGCGCGACUGUGCAACCUGGUCGAGAACAUGGUCAGCUCUCUGAAGUCCACUCAGCCGGAUGAUGUGCUGUUCGACAUUUCCGAUCAACUCCUUCAAAUCCUUCUUGAGUCGCCUGAUCUGAAGAACGUCAUCAUCAGCUCCCAUGGUAUGCUACCGAUUUUGGAGAUCCUUGAGAGCCUACCCCGCAGAGAAAUUAUCCUCAACCUUUUGAAGAUUGUCAACAUUAUCAUUAUGGAGAACGUUGAGAUACAGGAAAACCUCUGCUUCGUUGGUGGUAUCCCCAUCAUUACCCUAUUUGCCCACAGGAAGUUUUCGUCAGAAAUUCGUCAAGAGGCUGCUGCCUUUGUGCGGCAGAUGUACCAGACCUCGACGCUCACGCUGCAGAUGUUUGUCGGUUGUGGUGGUCUGAACGUCCUUGUAGAGUUUUUGGAAGAAGAUCUGGAAGACGAGCGGGACUUUGUUCUUAUUGGCGUCAAUGGCGUUUGGAGCGUCUUCAAUCUUCAGGGUCCGACACCAAAGAACGACUUCUGCCGCAUCUUCUCCCGCAGCUCGGUCCUCUAUCCGCUUUCGCUUGUCUUGAGCAAGGUUUUGGAAGAGGAUGGUGAGGUGGCUGAGCUUAUUGAGGAGCGUAUUGUUGGUAUCUUCAUGCUGUUCUCGCAGGCUGAGACGCACGUGAAGGAACUUGUUGCUGACCGGAUGGUUUUGAAGAGGGUUCUCAAGGAUCUACAACGGAUGCGUUCGUCUAACCAGAUCACCAUGCUCAAGUUCAUCAAGAAUUUGUCCAUGCUCACCACCACCCAUGAGGCGUUGCAGAAUUCCAAUGCAAUUGAGGUCUUGACAGAUCUGCUCAAGUCCAGCAUGAAGCUCCCGCACUUCCGUGAAGUGUCAAACCAGAUAUUGAGUAUCCUAUACAACCUGUGCAGAUUGAGUAAGCCACGGCAGGAGGACGCUGCUCUCAACGGUGUCAUUCCUCUGCUCCAGACAAUUGUCCGGACAGAGUGGCCGCUCAAGGAGUUUGCGUUGCCAAUUCUUUGCGAUAUGGCACACUCAGGCAAGGUUGGGCGAAAGAUUCUCUGGCAAAACAAGGGUCUGCAGUUCUACAUCUCGCUCUUGUCCGAUAAGUAUUGGCAGGUUACUGCUCUGGAUGCAAUCUUCAUCUGGCUGCAAGAGGAGACUGCGCGGGUCGAGCAAGCGCUCGUCUCUGGUGCUUUCUCUACUGCCAUCAUCAACUGUUUCACAAACCCUGACGCUUCUCUUGACGCUUUCGAGAACCUGUUGGAGCCGUUGCAAAAACUUCUUCGCCUUUCGCCGCCUGUCGCUGCAAUGCUUGCGCACCCAGACCUCUUCUCGCGUACCGCACACAAGUUGUACACCAAGAAGCCCGUCGUCAGACUGAACUUGCUGCGCAUCAUCCGCAGUAUCUGCGAUGCUACUGAGGAAUCUGGUGGUGGAGCUCCACUCAUACAGACCUACGGUCUUUACGACGCCAUCAAGCGCCUUGCCGAGAACGACACUGCUAUUCUUGUCCGCGAAAUGGCCAACGAGCUGAUCAAGGCUUGUGACAACCAAUCUAUGCUCACACCGAGCACGCCCCAUGCUCGUCGCAUGCCAGAGUUCCCUCGCUCGCGGCCUAGUAGUGUCCACCGCCAGAGCUCUCAUUUCAAUACGCAUGGCCUCCCACCACCCAUGCCGCCAAUGCCAAGUGGCCUUGGCCUUACAGGCAUGGGCCCCAUGAGCCCUCUUCCGCCACCCACUCCGCCUCGUCAGCUCAGCCGCAAGGGCAGCUUUUGGGACAUGUCAACCGAGUCGCCUCGGAAUUCUGCUAGGUCAGGAGGCUCUCGUCCGCGCACCAGAGACGGCAGUGGUGAUUCAAGCCAAUCCAAUGCGGCUUAUGUCCUUGGACACAGCAGAGACGGUAGCGUUGCGGAUUACCACCGGGAGCGGGAGGUCGAGCCCGAGCCGGCACCGGCGCCCGCGCGUAUUAGAGCCAGAGAGAGGUCUCACAUGCGUGGAGAGAGCGAUGCGUCCAACAUUGCCUUGUUGCGCCCGCACAAUCGCGAUGACAGCGCCAGUUCGACUGGCAGCAACGUCUCGGGCGGCAGCCGCAGCGGCAACGGUCAUGGGUACUCGCAGUCGUACGACUACAACAACAGCUGGGGAUUCGAGGAGGUUAUGCAAACUGCCAACUACCUCAACGCUCCCGACUCUCCUGUCCCUGGCUACCACGAGGGCCGGCGUGGCAGUGGUGGCAACCAGAAGAGCAGACUGCCCAUCAACAUCAAUGUGCGGCCCAACAGCCGACGCAACAAUGGUCCGAUGUCGCCUCUGCCUAACGGCAGCCCUUCCGCCGGCGGCAGUGGGCCUUUCGUUGUUGGGACGCCACCAAGCCAAAUAGGCGCAGGCUGGCCUACCGCAGCUGUGCAGGCGCAGCAGCGUCUCGCGGUCCGCCGCCGCCGCCAGCCGUCCGGUGGCUUCGUGCGCCGUAACUCGCGUCAGGAUGACUACAGCCUGAUGAGCGGGCUGAGCGGCCUAAGCGCUGCGGCGGCGGCACGCCACUCUGGCCGCCCGGACGAUGGAGGGGGCGGGGUCGAGUGACUAUAU